AUUUUCAUAUUCAUCCGUGCCUGUGCGUUGUUUUAAUGCGCGAACCGCGGCCGCGCGAUUGUCCGACGAGCGAGGUGCGACAUUGUGUAGAUCAGAGUGUGGAUGCGAGGACGAAAGCUGUGACUGUGGUCGGGAUGUCUUUAUUUAGCCACUUAAAGUGAGUCCGCGCUUCUCCGAGACUUUGUGGAGCCGUCGUCCUACUUUGCCGUCACACUGGGUCGACAAUAGUUUAUUUUAUUCUUUUCAAAUAUAUUUCGCGUGCACAACUGUUGUUCAUCAAACGAGAAUCUCAGAGGAAGGCGUUUGGUUGAAUUUUGAUGAUGCUCAAUGUCGAGAUGCAGAUGAAUUCACGUGCAUAUCAAGUGUAAAUAUCAGAUGGGACAAGCUCCAGUGCAGCUUUUCUAUUACUGUUCCUGCUGUGCCAUCAUUUGUCUCUUAGUGUAACCACAAUUGAACUUUUUUCAGUUUGUCGAUCUGUCAUUUUUAUUUUUAUAAUUGUCCUCUCUCGCUUUGAGAAUUAAGGCUCAGCCGGAUCAUCUGGCGCUGACCUUUGUCUCCUCUCUCUUCGCUCCUUUACUCCUCUGUGAGAGCGAGCGCUUGAGGAGUCAUGUAGGACAAGACUCGCCUCCUCUCCCAUCACAGGAGCUCCUCCCAGAUCAGAUGCAGCUCCUCCGUCGUCUGCCUGUAGCGCUGCGCGUGUCGGUUCAGAGAGAGGGAGGGGGGGGGGGGGGAGUGGAAGCGGACUGAUGGAGAGAUUGGGAGUGAAAAGACGCUACCUGGAGACCUGGAAGUCCUUUUCGUGUUGCCACUGUUGCUCUCUCCGUUUCCCAGGAUUGAUCGCGAGGCGACAAACGGCCUCACUCCGAGGAUCUGUGAACACACCGAGGUGCUUUAAUAGAAAAAUCUUUAGCUCCGUCACAUCCCUCAAUCACCGUCCCCGUCCCAAAUCCCCCGCUCCCACCCUCAUCACGAACUUCUAGCCUCAUUCGUAGCCUUUAUUUUCCGCAGAGGCUCCUGCCUCUCCUGCGCCACACGCACAAACGUCAUUAUCUCCGGCGCUUGGGCUGUGUUAUCUCAACAGGAGCAACUUCUGUGCUCCGCUGAAUUUACAGCUCCGACCUGCCAGAGGAGCAGGCGCCGCACGGUGUAAUCUUUAACCGAUCCCGUCCCCCCGGCUUUCAUCCCCGUAAGCGCUGUUAUUGUGCGAGGGAUAUAAAAGCGGAGGCACAUCUGUCCAGCUGUUGACAGAGCGCCCGCCGCUCCCUGGCGUGCGACCCGGCGCCGGCCCGGUUAUGGGCGAAGCCGCAGCGGAGGGCCUGCAAAUCAAAUGGCUUCAGCCCGUCGAAGCAUCUGCCUUUAUUCUCCAGAGGGCGGCGGGUGCAGAGGGGGGUGCUGAGCAAAGAGGAAUCAGACCUGUCGCCGAGGAGUCCUGAGACCGUCCUGGGUCGGGCCAUCUGGGCCGUACGCGGAGCACGGGCCUGCGUUCACCUCCGCCACUUUCUUGUCCUUCAGCAAAUGCACAAACGGAUCAAAUCGAAUCUGAAACGCGGGACGAGCGUUUCAGAUGUCACCUUGUCUGCGGACACCAGCCCACGAGAACGAAAAGUUCAUUCCGCGAUUGCUGCUUUUAGCCGCGUUCAAACAGAAUGGCUCAUGAUGUCAGCUCCGUUUCUCUUCCCCAUCGCCCAUAGAGUAAAUGUCUCUGGUUUUGCGCUGUUUGUGAUUAAUGGAACAUCAAAAGCCGAUCUCGGCUCAGUGUGAUGCGUUCCUGAGGAUAUGAGUCUGCCAGGGACACAUAAACAUCAUUAAUGAACAAGAGGCGCACUGGAGAGACACGGAGUGGCAGACGGAGGCGUGAAGGAUGUAGAAGCAGAGGUGGGGGCAGGAUGGAGUGCUCCUGGAAGACGGUGCUGCUGCUGGUGUGUGCGUCUCUGGGGGUCCAGUACACGGCCAUCCGCACCCUGAGGGACUCGCUGUCUGGACCCUGCCAGCGAGCCUACCGCUGCCAGGCCAGGCACCACCGAGACUCCAGGUGGAGAGCGCUGUGCGACGACUGGAUGGCGGCGGAGGCGCCCCGGAGGCACGUGCUGCUGUUCGCCACCACGCGCAGCGGCUCGUCCUUCACCGGGCAGCUCCUCAACCAGCACCCGGGCGUCUUCUACGUGUUCGAGCCGCUCUACCACGUCCAGCAGGCCUUCACCAACUCCAGCCGGCGGCUGCGGCGCUCGCUGGACCGCCGCGCCCUGCUGGGAGCCUACAGGGACCUGCUGCUCAACCUCUACACCUGCGACCUCCACUUCAUGGAGAGCUACAUGCGCCCGGAGCCCCAGGACCACGUCACCAGCUCCUUCUUCCGCCGGAGCUCCAGCCACGCCCUCUGCUCCCCUCCCGUGUGCCUGGAAGGAGGGGACGCCGCAACCUCUGACCCGCCGGACGAGACCUGGUGCCCCAGGAAGUGCGGCGCCCUGAACCUGACGUCGGCCUCGGUGUCAUGUCUUUCCAGAGGACACGUAGCCAUAAAGACCGUGCGGGUCCCGGAGGUGGGGGACCUGCGCACGCUGACCGAAGACCCACGCCUGGACCUGAGGAUCAUCCACCUGGUGAGGGACCCCAGAGCCAUCCUGGCCUCGCGCAUCAUGGCCUUCUCCGAUCAGUUCCGCGCCUGGAAGAUCUGGAACGCGACGGGGCGGCAGCCGCGCUACGUGGACCUGUCACAGAUCACCAGCACCUGCAAGGACAUGUCGGCGUCGGUGCAGACGGGCGCGCAGAGGCCGGCGUGGCUGCGGGGCCGCUACCUGCUGGUCCGCUACGAGGACCUGGCGCUGAACCCCAUGGAGAAGGCCGGCGAGAUCUACAGGUUCGUGGGGCUGGAGAUGGAGGACAGGGCGCGGACGUGGAUCGCGAGGAACACCAACGCCAGCGCGUCGGCGGCGGCAGCGGCGGACUGGAACUACCGGUACUCCACCACCAGGGACUCCAGGUCCACGGCCGAGAGCUGGAGGCUCCGGCUCAGCUUCGACAUCGUCAGGGCCGUGCAGAACCUGUGCAACGACACCCUGGCGCUGCUGGGAUACAAGCAGGUCCAGACGGCAGCCGAACUUAGGAACCUGUCCCACAGUCUGGUGGGACACAGGACAUUUCAGCCAGUGAAGUAGAAGUAGGUUUGACCAAAAGUUUUGUGACUUAUUUAUUUAUUUAUAUGAUAACUUGAAUGUAAUUUAUCCCCUUUUUCAAGACGACCUAAAGUAAUUUGAUAUUGCUUCUAUUUCCACUUUUUUGUGUUUUUGCUAAAGAUACAGUAUUAAAAGUGCCAAACGUGCAAUGCAGGAAAAAGUAUUAAUUCAAAAUGAAGUUUAUACUGAACUAUGUGCUCAUUAAAAACGGUUCAUGUCAAUAAGUCGGUAUGCAGUUUUGCGUCUUGAUUUAAUUUUCCCAUCAUUUCAGUGUUUCCGAAAUAAAAACAAACCCUUAAAACGGUUCAGGUAUCACUUUGGAGUAAGUCAAACAAAAAAAACAAACACAAAACUGAUGCUUGUGUUUCAUGUGAGACGGGCAAGAAGUGAGGCGGAUUCAUCUCAUAAAGAAGGAACAAUAAAUUCCACGUCCUGCCAUCCAAGUGUCUCUAAUGCAUUUUGGAAAAGGAUUAAAAUGUCACGUUGCGGAUAGAAACCCGGCGUCUGUGCGAUCCUCCAUGAAGCAGCUCUGUUUUCUCGGAGGAUGUUGAGAAUGCAUUUGCUUUUUUUCCCCUGACUGUAAAUACUUACAGUGAAUAAACACGAUAAAUAAUAUAAAUGCUGAUGUUGCCAAAUGUCAUGUGCUGGAUGUGUUUGGACAUUUUAUUGUUUAUCUUUUUUAGACUUUUUGAAAUAAAUCAUUCAUAUGUUACAUA